GAUAUGAUGUAUGAGAUGUUUUAUAGUAUUUUGUUCUGUAUGCGAUUAAUAAUUAUUCUUAAUUGUGUUAAUUACUUUCACACUAUUGAUUGUUCCUUCCAGAAACAUUAAAAAUGACAAAUGUUUAUUAAUCUACAAUCUCUAAGUCGACAAUAAAUUAUGCUCUUGAUAAAGGGUACUUUCAGCUGGGGUAUUUUGUGACACAAAUUAGUUGACUUCAUAGCAUCACCCUUUGCUUAAUCUAGAAGUGUUCCCUUUAAAUUUAAACCUUGUUGUUAGUAAAAUGUAUUUACUUAAGGUGAUUAUCAUCUUGCUGUUGUGGCUGAGUACUUCUUUUGCCAGAAUUCAUAAAUUAGAAAUUAGAAAUGAUGCUAGAAAAUAUAUUGGACUAAGUACAUUUGGGUUCUUUCAAGGUGGCACUCUAGAAGUUAAACUUUCUAAUUUCCAUGCUACACCUGAAAAUAAAAGUGCAUUGUUUGGGUUCAGUUUAGACAGAACAAUUAAUGAUGGGAUGAAUCCAUACCUUGACAGCCAUCAAGAUGUCUGUAUUUUGAAAAAGAAUAUUACUAAUAAUAAUGUUAAUGAGGAAUUCAUAUAUAUCAUAUUGGACUUAUUAAAUGAAAAGUUGCAAGUAAAAUGUGGAGAACACCAACCUUCAACUGCCAUACACAUAUAUAAAUCAAAGGAUGAAAUGAAAACUAAAACAACUGCAAACUCUUGCAAGGAUCUAAAAUUUGAAAUUAGUCCGUUUACAAAUAAGGGAAAGACACACUACAAUGCUUCUUUUCUUAUGUCUGUUGAGACAUUAAGAGAAGAAGGACUCUACAACCUUUUCUUUCAUAGCUGUCCCAACUACAACCCACAUACUGAAACGACUGUAGACUUUGACAUUGAAAUUGUCGAAUUGAAUAUAAGAAAUUAUCUGUCAGCUGGAGAAAUACCCUUACCAGCCUUAUUUUGCUUAAUGUCAAUACUAUUCUUCUUGUCAGGGAUGUUUUGGGUGUUUUUGUUAAGACAAUCCAAGCAUCCUGUAUUUAAAAUUCAUUAUAUGAUGGCGGUUUUGGUGUUUUUAAAGGCAAUAUCCUUGGCUUUCCAUGGAGUUAAUUACCAUUACAUUGAGAGGCUCGGUUUCCAUCUAACUACAUGGGCUAUACUGUUCUAUGUUGCUCAUUUGUUAAAGGGAGCUCUAUUGUUUGUUGUUUUGGUGCUUGUUGGAACUGGUUGGACUUUUAUAAAACAUGUUCUUACUCCAAAAGAUAAGAAAUUAUUUAUGGUUGUGAUUCCUCUGCAAGUCUUGGCAAAUGUGGCUGAAAUAAUAUUGGAAGAAAGUGAGGAGGGAGAUAGAGAAUAUUUGGCUUGGAGAAACGUUGUCAUUUUGGUGGAUUUGCUGUGUUGUGGGUGUAUUUUGUUUCCUGUGGUUUGGUCUAUUAGGCAUUUGCAGGAAGCAUCUGAGACCGACGGAAAAGCCGCUAUAAACUUAAAAAAACUGAAGCUAUUCAGGCAUUUCUAUGUGAUGGUGGUGUGUUAUAUCUACUCAACAAGAAUAAUAGUCUAUUUACUGAAAAUCACGGUGCCCUUUCAAUAUGGAUGGCUGCAUGAAAUGUUCAGAGAAAUGGCGACCUAUGUUUUCUUCGUUCUCACCGCCUACAAAUUUAGACCUGCCUCCCAUAAUCCAUAUUUUUCAUUAAAUGAAGAUAGCGAUGAUGAAGUGGAUGAAGUCUUAUCACUACUCUGCACUAAUACUUCAGCCUCCUUUCUCUAUGGCCAACCAUGCAGCGAGCGGAAUACUGCUUAUCUCUAUCCGAAUAACUACAUAAUUCCAUCAAACCAGACGAACUGCGUGGACGUAUCGAAAUCCUCAACAAUCAAUCCAGCGAACAACAGUGAAUUUUUCGAGAGCGUGUGGCAAGCGGAUACGCUUUAUGCGGACCAUAUGAACUUAUCCAGAGUCCCUGCGGCCCUAAUAUACAUCUUUCCCGGGCUGGAAAUGCUCGAUUUAUCCAGCAACGACAUAAGGAGGUUACCCUAUAAAAUGUAUAAAAUAGCACCGCGGGUAACAAAGUUGUUGCUGGCAGAGAAUCAUGUUUUCGUACCGAGGAAAAGGGGCUUGUUUAAAUCAGUUUCUAUAAGGAUGCUGAUGCUGAGCAAAAAUAGGAUAACGAACAUUUAUCCGGUUACUUUUGCCAAGAUGCCCAAUUUGGAAAUAUUGUAUUUGGAUGGGAAUAGAUUGAAGUACGUUAGCGCGGAUAUGUUUUUGCCAAUGUUGGGAUUGCAGUAUCUGCAUUUGGGUCAUAACUUUAUUGCCGAGUUACCUUCGAAAGAACGUAUGCCCCAUAUGUUAAGGUUUUAUAUUACAAACCCUCAAAGAAAUCUAUUAAUUAAGUAACUUUGACUAUUGAGGUUAGAUUUACUAAGUUUAGCUAUUUAUUUUUUGUAUGUAUUAAUAGAAUAUAUAGUUUAUGCAAAAUAAACUUCGAUGUAAGUUAA